AGAACCAUGGGGUUUUAUAUACCUAGGUAGUGAAUUUGUGAUGUAGGAAUUACUAAGAUGUAUUGUAUCCCUUUCCAACAGACCGCCCCACAUCGACAUCCCUAGACUUAAAGCCUUGGGCUUUUAACUGCUCUCCCUUUUUACAACUUCACAAACGCAACCGCUACCACCACGCUCUACUAAGCCGUCAACUCCUCCAAAUAAUCCAUAAUGUUCGAGCAUCUUCGAUUUCGACAUUUGCCUGCGCUCUUUACAGCGGCCGCCCAAUGCUGGGCCACCAUUUUUCCUAUCAUUAGCGGCAGCACCCGCAACGUUAUGCUACAUUACGGAUUGGAUAAUCGUGUUGCCGACAUACCCGAGACUUGGGUUGUCUGGCACGUCGGCAAUGCGCGCACCGCCUGCCUCGGUAUCCUUAUGUUUAUAUUCUAUUUCCAGCACCGCUAUGAUAUACUGGAUAUCUUUUUGAUCGUUAGCGGCGGUUAUCUGGGGUUGGUCGACUGCUACAUCUUGUGCAAUCAAGGGCUUGAGUCUAUGGGGGUGUUUCGCCUGCUAAGUUCUUCGGUAUUUGCUGGCUUGGGAGCUGUUGGAUUCACACAGGGUGCGAGGUCCUAGGCGAUCAAUAAGGGACCUCGCCUUGCUUUGCGGCUUCUUGGCGAUAUCUUGGUGGAGGGAGGCCCUUCCGCCUAACAUGUGUUUCUACUCCUGAAUCGCAAAAUUCGACUGUGCUGAUGGAGGUGGAAAUAUCUGAGAGAAAGGGGGGAAUCGGGUUGUGGUCUUGGAUGUCUUUGCGGCUAUGCCUGCGAACAAUUGGAAGAUACGGGCGGGUGA